GAGCUGGCCUCGAGGUAAAGACACAAACAAUAAGAAAAACUUUAACUUCCCCGAGGCUGCGGCAGCUGCAGCGGCACAAACCCAAGCAAACAAGAAACACAGCGGAAGCAGAGGAGAGAGAGAAACACCACAACACAGCACCCUACACGCAUAUCCACGCCUCCUCCUCCUCCUCUGUCCUCUACUCCUCUCUCUCUCUAGAGCCCUGGCCUAGACAAACAAGUCUUUGGUCUUCGUGUUGGCCGGUGUUGGCCUGCCUGCCUUGCCUUCUUGUGCUCGCUUCCUCCCCCGCCCCGCCUGCUCCCCUGUCCCUCUCGUGUCGGGGGGACACGCACGCACGCACGCGGGCGUGUGGGACGGCCUGCUACGACGGCGUCCUCGCCGGUCAUGCGUGGGACCCGCUGAGCUCUCUCUCUCUCGCCGGCGAAACUAUUGGUUGGUUUGGUGGGCGGGUUGCCGAAGACUCGGAGAUGAUCAAGCAGCAGCAGCCGGCGAGCUCCGCCGGGCCGGCGGCGACCGUCGUGGCGGCAGCGGCGGCAAGCGGAUGCGAAGGGGAGAAGAAGGCGCCGGCGAUCAACUCGGAGCUGUGGCACGCCUGCGCGGGGCCGCUGGUGUCGCUGCCGCCGGCGGGCAGCCUCGUCGUCUACUUCCCCCAAGGCCACAGCGAGCAGGUUGCUGCUUCUAUGCAAAAAGAUGUUGACGCACAUGUUCCAAGCUACCCAAAUCUUCCAUCAAAGUUGAUUUGCCUUCUGCAUAACGUCACAUUACAUGCGGAUCCAGAAACAGAUGAAGUGUAUGCACAAAUGACUCUUCAACCAGUUACUUCAUAUGGAAAAGAGACACUGCAGCUAUCAGAGCUAGCACUAAAACAACCCAGGCCACAAACAGAAUUCUUCUGUAAGACAUUGACUGCAAGUGACACAAGCACUCAUGGAGGCUUCUCUGUGCCUCGCCGAUCUGCAGAGAAGAUAUUCCCACCCCUUGAUUUCUUAAUGCAACCACCUGCUCAAGAGAUACGAGCCAGGGAUUUACAUGAUAACAUAUGGACAUUCCGUCACAUAUAUCGAGGUCAGCCAAAAAGACAUCUGCUUACCACUGGCUGGAGUCUUUUUGUGAGCGGCAAGAGAUUAUUUGCUGGUGAUUCUGUCAUUUUUGUUAGGGAUGAAAAGCAGCAACUUCUACUAGGAAUCAGGCGUGCUAACAGACAGCCAACUAACAUAUCGUCAUCUGUCCUUUCAAGUGACAGCAUGCAUAUAGGAAUUCUUGCAGCUGCAGCCCAUGCUGCUGCCAAUAAUAGCCCAUUUACAAUAUUUUAUAAUCCUAGGGCCAGUCCUACAGAGUUUGUCGUACCGUUUGCUAAGUAUCAGAAGGCAGUCUAUGGUAAUCAAAUUUCUUUAGGAAUGCGCUUUCGCAUGAUGUUUGAAACUGAGGAAUUAGGCACAAGAAGAUACAUGGGUACAAUAACUGGCAUAAGUGAUCUAGAUCCAGUAAGAUGGAAAAGCUCACAAUGGCGCAACUUACAGGUUGGCUGGGAUGAGUCUGCAGCAGGCGAAAGGCGAAACAGGGUUUCAAUCUGGGAAAUUGAACCAGUUGCUGCUCCAUUUUUCAUAUGCCCUCCACCAUUUUUUGGUACAAAACGUCCCAGACAAUUAGAUGAUGAGUCGUCAGAAAUGGAGAAUCUCUUUAAGAGGGCGAUGCCUUGGCUCGGUGAGGAGAUAUGCAUAAAGGACCCUCAGACGCAGAACACCAUAAUGCCUGGUCUGAGCUUGGUUCAAUGGAUGAACAUGAAUAUGCAGCAGAACUCCUCAUUUGCAAACACCGCGAUGCAGUCUGAGUACCUACGAUCACUAAGCAACCCCAACCUGCAAAAUCUUGGUGCUGCCGAUCUCUCGAGGCAGUUAUGCCUGCAGAAUCAGAUUAUGCAACAGAACAGCAUUCAGUUUAAUUCUCCCAAACUUCCUCAGCAAAUGCAGCCGAUCAAUGAGUUGUCCAAGGCAGCACUUCCAUUGAAUCAGCUUGGUGUGGGUACCAAACCGCAAGAACAGACCCAAGAUCCCAGCAAUCUGCAGAGGCAACAACAGUCCUUGAAUCAACUACUUCCCUUGAGUCAAUCUCAGACCAGUCCUGUCCAGGCUCAGGUCCUUGUUCAGAAUCAAAUGCAGCAGCAGCAACCACCAUCAGUGACUCAAAAUCAACAGCCAGCUGCGAGCCAGCCGCUGCUCCUGCCCCAGCAGCAGCAGCAGCAGCAGCAGCAACAACAACAACAACAAAAGUUGCUACAUCAUCAUCAGCAGCUUUUACUUCAGCAGCAGCAAUUGCAACAACAGCAACAGAAUCAGCAACAGCUAAAUAAGAUGGCUGCACAAGUACCAAAUCUGGCAAACCAGCAGCUGCAACUGUCUGAUCAGCAGUUUCAGCUGCAACUGUUACAAAAAUUACAACAACAGCAGCAGUCAUUGCUGUCACAACCAGCUGUUACUCUUGCACAAUUACCUCUAAUCCAAGAGCAGCAAAAACUGCUUCUUGAUAUGCAGCAGCAACUGUCAAAUUCUCAUUCACUUUCACAGCAACAAACGAUGCCUCAACAAAGUACCAAAGUUCCAUCACAGGCAACACCACCACCACCACCCAUGCAACAAGAGUCACCGCAGAAGCUUCCACAUAAGUACGUUGGGCUCACUGACUCAUCACAAGCUGCCAUUCCUCCGACUACAUCAGUCAACGUCAUUUCAGCAACUGGAAGUCCUUUGAUGACAACUGGUGCUACACAUUCUGUACUUACUGAAGAAAUCCCUUCUUGCUCAACGUCACCUUCAACAGCUAAUGGUAACCAUCUUUUACCAGUCCUUGGAAGGAACGAACAAUGUGGCAUGAUCAACAAUGAGAAGGUUCCCCGGUCCACUGCUCCUAUGUCAAUAAUUCCAAGCUCCCUUGAAGCUGUCACGGCGAUGCCAAGAAUGACCAAGGAAUUGCCAAAGCUGAAUUCCAAUGUCAAACAAAGUUUAAUGGCUUCAAAGUUACCAAAUGCAGGGACUGGACCUCAGAAUUUGGAAACAGCUUCAUCAGCAACUUCAGUGUGGCUUUCCCAAACGGAUGGACUUUUACAUCAAGGUUUCCCCAUAUCUAACUUCAAUCAGCAGCAAAUGUACAAAGAUGCGCCUCCUGAGACUGAAAUUCAGGGUGCAGAUCCUAGUAAUAAUGCAUUGUUUGGAAUAAACAGUGAUGGUCAACUGGGCUUCCCCAUGGGAGCAGAUGGCUUUCUGUCGAAUGGAAUUGAUGCUGCAAAAUAUGAGAAUCAUAUUUCAACCGAUAUUGAUGGCAACUACAGGAUCCCAAAAGAUGCUCAGCAAGAAAUAUCAUCGUCCAUGGUUUCACAGUCAUUUGGUGCAUCGGAUAUGGCAUUUAAUUCAAUUGACUCUGCUAUCAAUGACGGUGCUUUCUUGAACAGAACUUCUUGGCCACCUGCUGCUCCCCUAAAGAGGAUGAGGACAUUUACCAAGGUGUAUAAACGUGGAGCUGUAGGCCGGUCCAUUGACAUUUGUCAGUUCUCUGGAUACGAUGAGUUGAAGCAUGCUCUGGCUCGCAUGUUCAGUAUUGAGGGGCAACUUGAGGAACGGCAAAGAAUGGGCUGGAAGCUUGUCUACAAGGAUCAUGAGGAUGACAUCCUACUUCUUGGUGAUGACCCUUGGGAAGAAUUUGUCAACUGUGUGAGGUGCAUACGGAUCCUGUCACCUCAGGAAGUGCAGCAGAUGAGCUUGGAUGGUGAUCUGGGGAACAACAUUCUCCCCAACCAGGCCUGCAGUAGCUCAGACGGCGGGAAUGCUUGGAGGGCUCGCUGCGAUCAGAACUCCGGUAACCCUUCUACCGGUUCAUAUGACCAAUUCGAAUGACCUAACUUGCCGGUCCAUACAUGCUGUGCUGUCAGUGCAAGUAGGCAUCACCUGAACAGUGAUAAGCGAAAGGCGUGCAGCGGCAGAAUGUUGUAGAUGUGUCGUCAGUUUACAUCUGGGAGAGCAAAUGGCUCGACGGAUUAGUAGUGUUUUUGUUUAUAGUAGGUUUUCUCACAUGGAAGGAAGUAGGGAUGGUAAAUGAAGCUUACCUUGGGUGAAAGAUGAUGUUGUACUAUGGAAAAGGCAUGCUUUUGUAGUAAAAACUGCUGCUUCGGCUGUUUUGAUGCCAUUGUUAAAGAUCUCCACGUAUCUCAAA